AUGGGUGCAGUAUUUUUGCUGUUGUUUCUUUUGCUGAACAUUGUUUGCGUAUGCAAUGGAGGUAUUACUAGCAGUUAUGUUAGGAAGCUUUAUGCGUCUGUAGACCUGCCCAAAGAAGCUUUUCCUCCUCCUCCAGGAUACAAUGCCCCCGAGCAGGUUCAUAUAACCCAAGGAGAUGUUGAUGGACGGGCCAUGAUUAUUUCAUGGGUUACACCCGCGUUGCCAAACCCUAACUAUGUGGUCUAUUGGGCGGCAGAGGGCAAGCACAAAAACAAGCUCAAAAAGGGUCAUUCCUCGGUUAAAACUUAUAAAUACUAUACUUAUGCUUCUGGCUACAUUCAUCAUGCCACCAUCAAACACCUUGAGUUUGACACUCAGUAUUUUUAUGAGAUUGGAAUCCGUCGAUUCUCCUUCAAAACUCCUCCCCAAUUAGGGCCAGACGUUCCAUACACAUUUGGCAUUAUAGGUGAUUUGGGACAAACACAGGAUUCUCGUCAGACGCUUGAGCAUUAUGUGUCCAACCCGAAAGGGCAAACUGUGCUAUUUGUGGGUGAUCUUUCUUAUGCAGAUGAUCAUCCGAACCAUGACAAUGAGAGAUGGGAUACAUGGGGCCGCUUUAUUGAGAAGUGUGCUGCAUAUCAGCCAUGGAUUUGGACUCCUGGCAAUCAUGAAAUUGAUUUAGCUCCAGAACUUGGAGAAAAUGUUCCUUUCAAGCCAUAUAUGCAUAGAUACCACGUACCCUACAAGGCAUCACAGAGCACCUCCCCACUUUGGUAUUCCAUUAAGCGUGCAUCCGCAUACAUCAUCGUCCUAUCUUCUUACUCAGCAUAUGGUAAAUACACUCCUCAAUACAGAUGGCUCGAAAAUGAAUUAUCCAAAGUUAACCGAGCUGAGACGCCAUGGCUUUUUGUUCUUGUUCAUGCACCAUGGUAUAACAGUGACGACUACCACUAUAUGGAAGGUGAAACCAUGAGAGUUCAGUUUGAAUCCUGGUUUGUUAAGAACAAAGUCGAUAUCGUUUUUGCUGGUCAUGUCCAUGCCUAUGAACGAUCGGAGAGAAUAUCGAAUAUAAAGUACAACAUAACAAAUGGACUGAGCGCUCCAGUGAAGGAUCCUUCAGCACCAAUAUAUAUUACUAUUGGUGAUGGUGGUAACAUUGAAGGCCUUGCUAACAGUUUUACUGAACCGGCACCAAGUUAUUCUGCAUUUCGGGAAGCAAGCUUCGGGCAUGCGGUUCUCGAGAUUAAAAAUCGGACUCAUGCCUUCUAUACUUGGCACCGUAACCAGGAUAAUAAUGCCGUUGUUGCUGAUAAUCUUUGGAUACAUAAUAGGUACUAUUAUCCAGAAGAAGAAUCAUAG